UUUGAUGUUAAAAGUCUCUCUUUGUUACAGGCUCCUGAUAUUCAGUAUGGGAAUCUUAGAUUACAUAAUACCGGAAGUCGACAAAAUUGAAUUUCGUAGACCAUCGGUCAAGCUGUUUUGUAUCUUUAUUUCACUUGUUUUCUUUGUUUGUGUGUUUGGAUUUUCACAUUUUAUGGGAAAAUUAUUUAAUACGUACAAAAUCCUGGAUAAAAAGGAACAGAUAUUUUGGAAUCUGGCAAUAGUACGAGCAGUUUAUGGAAUAUUUUGUACAGUCAUUGGAAUCUGGUCAUUUUUUAUCGACAGUGAACUGGAAAAAGAUGUUAUCUUCGGAACAACACCAACCAGUUAUUUUGCGAUUUCAGCAACUGUUGGAUUUUUUUGUUUUGAAUGUCUGGCUGUUUCCAUAUCAGAUAUAGUGUAUAGGAGGUUCAGUAUCUUAUUGAAUAUUCAUCACUGGAUAUCGCUUGUUGGAUUUUCCAUCUUACUGAUAGUAGAGAGUAGCCAUUUUUUCGGCACAAGAGGGCUCUUAUUGGAAAUGAGCACUCCAUUUUCCGCCGUAUGCUGGAUAUUUCUCAAAGCUGGAAAAGCAAACACAUUGUUUUGGAAAGUUAACCAGUUUUUACUUGUUCAUUCGUUUCAUUUAAGAUCAGUAGUCGAAUGUUCUAUCUGGUACGUUACUUACAAACACUGGGAUAUAAUAUGGGAAACUAUGCCAGUGGCUUUCUUUGUUUGCUUAUAUAUACAGCUAACUCUCGUGACCUUCUGGAUGACUCCAUACUGGACGUAUAAGAAAACUGUUCAAAUGAUAAAUCCCGUAGAUUGGAACUUUGAAGAUGGUAAAACAAAGACAUCAUAAAGAGUAGUUACUGUGUUCAAGUCAGGAUUUUUAUUGCAAUUAACCUUUAUGUACUGAAUAGGUUGUGACAAACGAUAGACACUAUAUUUUCACUAUACAUGUAGCUUCUUUUUUGCACUUUUACAAAUCGAGUCAAAUAUCUUUAUCUUCCAUGAUUUAAACAAAUUAAAUGUUUGUGGCAAAUUAAAAAUCCGCACAAAGCAAACAAGAAUCAUUAUAUUAACGCAAACUUCGGAAAUGUAGAAUACAACAUGAAUAAUUUUGGCUGCUUCUGUCAUCAGUUUAAAUGACUGUAUCAAAAAGGUGCCGAUUAUUUUCAAAUGUCCUAUCGAAACAGGGCUUAUAAUAGUCAAUUUGUCUUACAUUCUAGGACUGAAUUAUCCUCGUUUUCAAGAAGACAACAUUAUUUGCAAAUCCUUUCUUCUGUAGGAGCAUUAAAAUAUCGAAUCUUCUCUAUUUCUAGGGUUUUGUCACUUAUACUAAGCUUCGUACAACACUUUCAUACAUUACUUUCUUAUAUUCUUAUAAAGUCGUGAUACAUACUGCAGAUUCGAUAACUGUUUGGUGUUUUAUGCACGAAUUUUUAAAAUACAUUUACACCCAACUACUCAAAAUUAUAUAUCGCUUUAGAGAACUACGCCAAUAAAAUAUUUUUUUGGUUUUAUCAUAAGAAAUAAAAAAAUCCAUUCUAUAAUGCAAUUCGUUUGUAACGGCGAUUUUGGUAGGAGUAUGACCAAGUUCUUUGAAAGCGUUUUAUUUAUUAUUUAUUUAUUUUAAAGAAAUGACUGGGAUAAUUCUAAAGAUCACCAUUCAAAUAUAUACUAGUAUUAUUAUUGUCUAAUUUCAUUCUUUCAAUAUUGUUUCCCUAUUGCUUAUGUUUAAGUAACUUAUGCGUCAUUUUUAGUCUAAUUUUAUUUUUUGUUAAAAUGCAUCUACUGUACAGAUUGACAAGAUUUUGUUGAUGUAGGUAAGCAUUAAAUGGUAGUAGGUAUAAGUAAAGCUAUUAUCGUAGGACUCUCUCAGUAUCACAAAAUAAAAGCCUAAAUUUGUCCACC